AUGAGCAGCGCCACUUUGGCGCUGGUGCUGCCGAUGAUCCUCAGGGCCCUGGGGACCAGCAGGUUGGCCAUCCAGGACGUCUGCUGCAGCGCCCUGGUCGUGCUCGAGCACCAGUUGUCGCUCGGCGCGGAGUUCCCGGAGUCUAUGGUGGGGGAGCUGUUCGAGUCCCUCGGCAUGGCCCUGCUCGCGCUCCCGGGCCAGCGCGACCAGACGCAGGGCGCGCUGUGCGCGGUCAGCAGGCACGUGGUGUCCACCGAGGACCUGCAGCUGGCCCGCCUCGCCGAGAUGUUCUUCUCGGACGAGGAGGUGGUGCGGCAGGCCGUGGUCGUGGCGCUGGCGGACACGCAGAAGAACAGCCUCGUCGAGGAGGGGUCCCUGGACCCGGUGGCGGUGCACGCCGUGCUGCGCCUGGGGGCCCUGGACGAGAAGUCCCAGGAGAAGUGGCCACGCAGGCCCUGGAGGCGCUGUGCCUGGAGCCGGACGCCGUCCUGGUGA